GCAAUCGGCCCAGUGGCUUGCGCAGGGGCAGUGACCCACUUCCGGUCUCCAAGGCGGGACCCAGAGCACACGCCAUGUCUUACUUCAGCCACCCUAAGUACAAGACCGGGGAUCUGGUGUUUGCCAAGUUGAAGGGCUAUGCCCACUGGCCGGCGAGGAUCGAGCAGGUGGCUGAGCCCAACCGCUACCAGGUCUUCUUCUUCGGGACCCACGAGACGGCCCUGCUAGGCCCCAAGCACCUGUUCCCCUACGAGGAGUCCAAGGAGAGGUUCGGCAAGCCCAACAAGAGGCGCGGCUUCAGCGAGGGGCUGUGGGAGAUUGAGCAUGACCCAAUGGUCGAUGCCUCCCCUUCCCUGUGCUCAGAGGAGGAGCAGGGCUGCGACCAGGGGCCCGGGCAGGGGGAGGAGCCGGAGCCAGGGCUGGAGCCUGAGCCAGAGUCCCUCCCUGAGCUGGAGCCAGAGCCUGGGCCCGAGACCGAGGCUGAGCUGGAGCCAGAGCCACAGCCUGCCUAUGGCCUGCUGGACGCCCUGGAGGAAGAGCCGGGCCCUACGGAGGAGGCUGAGCCAGAUCAGCAGGCCGAGCAGGUGCGAGAGCAGCAUGAGGAGGCCGAGCAGCCCGGGAGUCUGAAAAGGAGUGCGGGGGAAGAGCCACAUGAGGCCCCCAAACGGCCCAGGGAGGCGGCGCCUGGCCCGCUGGAGGUGGAGCCGACCGGAGAGCGCGAGGCUGAGGCCUGUCCUAUCAUUGAAGAGCCUGACCAACUCCAGGAGCAGCAACCUCCCCUGGAGGAAGGAGCCACAGAGGAGGAGGUGGAGGCCCUGAUUGGUGGAGAAAUUGAAGGCCUGUAGUCACGGUGUCUAUAGAAGAG